AUGUCAAACCAAAGGAGGCCGUCUGUUCCGAUUAGGUCCUUUGGUUCGCAAGAGUCGGGCCUUGGUGAUGACGCCUCCGAAUCCACCACACGACGAAUCCUUGGUCGAAUUUCAUUUGGAAGUUUCAAACAUCGACCAAGUUUCCUCAACAGGGUAAAUGAGCAAGAUCCUGCAACACCGACGACAGAGCGCGCUCCUAUACCGACUAUGAUGCAACCCUCUGGUGAGGUUUACACAACGCCGCUGCCCAUACUGUCUAUGAUUGUCCUUUCUAUCACAAUGCUAGGAGAAUUUCUGUCUGCAAACGUAUCGACACCGUUUCUGCUGUUUAUGGUCAAGGGUUUUGGGGAAUCUACAGACGAAGCAGAAGUGGCAUUUUGGACAGGAGUUCUCGUUGCCGCCUUCUUUUUGACGCAAUUUCUCACUUCACUGCUAUGGGCCACGGUCGCAGAGAAACAUGGCCGACGUUCAGUGCUCAUCAUCUCACUUCUGGGUAGCGCCAUUACUUGUCUUAGCUUUGGAACAGCCACUACUAUCCAGCAGGCUAUAUCCAUUCGCCUCUUGCAGGGCAUAUUUGCCGGAGCUGUUGGAGUUGCACGGGGUUCUGUGGCUUUUAUCACAGACGCUACCAAUGAGGGGAGAGCGUACGCGAUUUUGGGGUUUUGUUGGGGGUUAGGAGGUGUAGCUGGGGCAAUAAUCGGAGGUUCUUUUGAAAGGCCAGCCGUUAAAUGGCCAGAUAUCUUCGAAGACCUUCCAUUAUUUGUCAAAUAUCCUUAUUUGUUGCCAUGUGCUCUUGCGGCAUUGGUUACUUUUGUAGGUUCUGUCCUCGCUUGCUUUCUUGGACCGGAUGGUGGUCCCCGGCAUGGCGCAAUCAGAUUGUCUCCCGAGAAGCCCGACGAUCACCCUCCUAUUCCGGAAGAAGAGUCUAGUCCUCCAACGCCAGUAUUUGAGGAGACAGAACUUCAUGCAAACGCGAGCCUUACGAAGAAAAUUUCUAGAAGAUUUUCCAAUUUUUUCGCGAAGCGAGUUACUGACGCUCAAGACUUCUCUACGUCGCCGACUACCCAACCCUCCGUUCCAAUGAUAUCUCCAGGAACACGAUUAGAACGGACACGUACUUUCUCAAGAACGAGUCGGGUUAAUGGAUCUGCUUAUGGUUACUCAGGAGGGUAUCGCAACAGACUCACAAGCAACGCAACCUCUAAUGCCAGACGAGGUAGCCUGGGAAGCUCUCUCAGGAGAAGGCGUGGAAGUAACUAUACUGCGACUCAAGAGUCACCUUUUGAAGGACCUGAUCUGAACUUCGCUCAGCGAAUACUGAUGGCCAAUGAGAACGCGGUUACGAACAUCGCUGAUCUCUGGGUAGCUGCCGCCAUGAAUGUUGACAAUGAAGACCCGUUCGAGAGCGACAACGAGGAUGUGAUAGAGGACGAUGCUGACGCCGACUCCCUGGAUCUUGGCGAGCCAUUGUCAAGAAGUCAGCCCGACGCCGAGCUACCAAAUACUGGUCGACGAAAUUCAUUUGCCGUGCCGAACUUUGGUGUUCGCACCCCCGGACCUAGUAGCGCCGGCUCUUCAGCUCCUCAACAACUGUCAAACCGCCAUCCUUCUAUCUCGUUUUCUCCCCUCACUAGCCCUCCUCCACGCCGUCUCUCCGCCGUCCCCAGCAUCUUCGCCCAUCCUGGUGUCAAAACCCCGUCUGCAGUUCUCGAUGCUCAACAAUUACUUCUCGCGAAUGAGGGAGACUCCGCUGUUCCCGCAGAUUCUCUAACGCCAAUUACAGAGUCUAGGCACUCACAAGCCGAUGUCGAGUCUCUUGCAGAAAAACCUCCUUCACUCGCUUCCCAGCUCCCCAUUGUUGUCAUUAUCCAGUAUGGGGUUAUGGCAUUACACUGCACAACUCACGAUCAAAUCUUCAUGUCUUAUCUUGUCUCGGAUUAUAAAACUGGGGGCUUGGGCCUGAAUGCGGGUCAUUUUGCUCAACUUAUCGCACUGAUGUGUCUCGCUCAAAUUGCGUAUCAGUUUUAUCUAUACCCGAACAUCGGACCUCCAAGAGGGAAAUUUUCGCAUCUUUCCAUGUUUCGAUUGGGAAAUGUGUUGUUUAUCCCCUCAUAUCUGACAGUCGUACUCUAUCGACCUUUGGCAAGCUCCGGGGAUGAUGGAAACCUACUUUUGAUGUCCGCUUUGGCUUUGAGCACGGCUUUGCGAUACUGCGGGAUCACAUUUGGAUACACCGCUAUCGCCAUCCUUCUAAAUUACAUGACACCGCCAAAUGCUGUCGGUUAUGCCAACGGAAUUGCUCAAAGUAUCGUCAGUCUCGCCCGGUGUGUUGGCCCUGUGAUCGGCGGUUAUCUAUGGUCCGCCAGCGUGCAGGAUCACCCAUCGGGGUAUUAUCUAGGGUUUGUUGUAUGUGCAGGCGUAUGUGCUUUGAGUGUGCUGCAGAGCUUCUUCAUUCGCUAG